AUGAAAAGAACUCACUGGAAUCAUCCACACAGCAAAGAGAUUUUCAAAUGUGUGUAUUGUUUUGUGACAUGGCAGUGCAGAUACCCAAUGGAGGACAAGAAGAUACAGAUGGGAUUCACCACUGUAGCUGGAUUAAUGAAGGUAGAUGAGGAGCAACCAAUCCAUAGCAACACUAGCAAUCUGUUUCUGGGGCUCCAACUUGUCCAGUUCUUCAAGCCUCUCAUCAUUCCUUGCUAUUGCUUAGUGGUUUUUGUUGGCAUCAUCGGGAAUUAUCUCCUCAUCUACGUGAUCUGCAAGACCAAGAAGAUGCACAAUGUCACCAACUUCCUGGUAGGCAACCUGGCAUUCUCUGACAUGCUUAUGUGUGCCACUUGUGUGCCCCUGACGCUGGCGUAUGCCUUUGAGCCUAGAGGGUGGGUCUACGGGCGCUUCAUGUGCUAUUUUGUGUUCCUGAUGCAGCCGGUCACAGUGUUUGUGUCGGUCUUUACCUUGACUGUCAUCGCUGUGGACAGGUACUACGCCAUGGUUUAUCCGCUCCGGAGGAGGCUCACCAUACAGAUCUGCGCCUAUACUUUGGCUGCUAUUUGGUUGCUGAGUUGCAUGCUAGCUGCUCCAGCAUUGGUCCACACGUACCACGCUGAAUUCCCAGAACUGGACUUUGCCAUCUGUGAAGAGUUUUGGUUCCAUAUGAAGAGAGACCACCUAGCUUACGCCUACAGCACCCUCAUUCUCACAUACGUACUGCCGUUAAUGGUCAUCUCCAUUUCUUACCUGAGGAUUUCCGUCAAGCUGAAAAACCGAGUCGUCCCUGGCAACGUCACCCAGAGCCAAGCGGAGUGCGACAGGGCCAAAAGGAGGAAGACCUUCCGCCUCCUGGUCUUGGUCGUGGUGGCCUUUGGGGUUUGCUGGCUGCCGUUGUACAUCUUUAAUGUCAUAAAGGACAUUGACAUUAAACUCAUAGACAAGCAAUAUUUUAACCUCAUCCAGCUUGUUUGCCACUGGUUCGCUAUGAUGUCUGCUUGCACCAAUGCCUUCCUGUAUGCCUGGCUGCACGAUAGCUUCAGGGGGGAGCUCAAGAAAAUGUUUGCUUGGAGGAGGAAAAAGACAGGGCCCACCCCCCAUUGUAUUGUGGCUAGCGUAGUGCUGUAA